UACCUGGGGAGGAGAGAUAGUUUAUACCAGGAGAGAUAGUUUAUACCUGGGGAGGAGAGGUAGUUUAAACCGGGGGAGGAGAGAUAGUUUAUACCAGGGGAGGAGAGAUAGUUUAAAACGGGGGAGGAGAGAUAGUUUAUACCGGGGGAGGAGAGAUAGUUUAUACUGGAGGAGGAGAGAGUUUGUCCGUGGAGCGAUAGUUUAUACCGGAGAAGUAGGGAGUUUAUACCAGGGGAAAGAUGUCGUCUGCUGGGUCAGACCGAGACCAGGAUGCGGGAGCGGGAGUUAACGCAUGGCCCAGGGGACUGCCCCCCCACACCGUGUUCGUUAUCCUGGAAUCACCGGAAUCCCUCAACCUGCAGAGGGUCCUACCAGAGUCUGGUAUCGUUGUUGAUAUGGAAGAAGAUCUUCUCCCUCAGGACUCCUUCUACCAGAUAAAGAGCCAGCCAAUCAGUUCUCCAGCGAUGGCCUCCUGCUUCUCCUCCUCCUCUUCAACACUCAUGUCGACCGUGACAUCCAGGGUCCUCCUGCGCCAGGAGUUGAUGCGGCAGCAGGUGAGGGAGGAGGACCGGAAGGAGGCGCAGCAGCAGUCCCUGCACCUCCUCACCUGCUCCUCUCCGCCCAUCCCCCUCUCCCCCGGUCCCCCGCCCUGCCCUCCCCCUCAGGUCCCCCUGGAGGUGCUCAAGGUGCAGACUCACCUGGAGAACCCCACCAGGUAUCACCUCCAGGAGGCCCAGAGACAGCAGCUCAGGCACUACUGGGCAGCCACUGCAGCCAAUCGCUGCAGUGGCACUCCCCUACUGCCCGGCACCGCCUCCAAGCUUGUUCCCGACCCCUCCCCCCCCAGUGCUCCCCUUCAAGUUCUCAGUCUCGCCACCAAAAUAGAGAUCAAGGACACAGUGAUCGAUGACAUCAUCAGUCUGGAGUCCAGCUUCAACGAGGACUUCCUCAUCCACUCUCAACCAGACAUGCUGCUGGAUGUGUACAGCAGUGCUGGGUCAGACGACCCCAGCAUCACCACUAGCAAGAGUUCCCUUGGCAACCUGCAGUCUGCAAAGAGGGAGCCUCAAGAUGUGGAGACCAAAGUACUAGCAAAGGAACGUCAGAAGAAAGACAACCACAAUCUCAUCGAGAGACGGCGGAGAUUCAACAUCAACGACCGGAUCCAGGAGCUCGGGGCUAUGAUCCCAAGAUCAGCUGACCAGGAGCUGCGCUGGAACAAGGGGACCAUCCUGAAGGCUUCAGUGGAUUACAUCCGCCGGCUGCAGAAGGAGCAGCAGAGGGCCCGAGACCUGGAGGUCCGACAGAGGACCCUGGAGAACAGCAACAGGGCCCUGGAGCUACGAGUCCAGGAGCUGGAGCUCCGGGCAGGUAGCCUGUCAUCUCUCUCCAGCUGCUCCAGCAUCUCCUCCCUUCACCCCACCUUUGCCUCAUCAGCUCCUGCUAUGGCGGCCAUGUUGAACCCGCCCCUGGUUUCCAUGGUGAGCACGCCUCCUGACCAGGAGCCCUUGAGUUUUGCGGAGAUGGAGGAUCCCCGGGGAGCCCCACCCGUGUUCUCCCUGGACCUGCUGGGUUUGGGAGUCCUGGAGGACCUCCUGAUGGAGGAGGCUGGAGGGGCCGCCCCCCUUCCCCACGGAGUGUCCAGGGACCACGGGAGGAGGAGCCGAUUCAGUAUGGAACAGCAGGACUGAGGAGCCAUGGUGCUCAUCUACGUUACCAGGGUUCACCUGCAGUGCAUUGACGAGGGGAAGCCAUUGUAGCCUGGUUAAGGCUGUAACCAGGUUUCUUAAGGGCCGUUUGAGACCCGAGCCCGGUUAGUUAACCUGCCUACCCCUAGACGGAACCAGGGUCAGGGCAGCUAGGUAACCUCCAUAACGUUAUCCUUAUCCAACGUUAUUAAUCACGCAAACACCGUAUACGUUAUAACUUUAGUAAUGAGUAUGUUAAUCCUGGUUUACUGAAGUGUAAUGUCUAGUAAUGAGUAUGUUAAUAAUACUUUAAAGUACUGUAAUAGGCCUAGUAAUGAGUAUGCUUACACUAGUUUAAAGUACUUUAAUAGGCCAGUAAUGAGUAUGUUAAUGAUAGUUUAAAGGAGUUUAAUAGGCCUAGUAAUGAGUAUGGUAAUAAUAGUUUAAAGUAGGCCUACUGUAAAAGGCCUAGUAAUGAGUCCCUCAACGACCUAUAUGGAACAUAUGGCCUGUGUUAACUAUAUGAACUAGCUAAAUGUGUAGUUAAAGGUCCCAUGGCAUGACAGUUUCACUUAAUGAGGUUUUCUAACAUGAAUAUGAGUCCCCUUAGCCUGCCUAUGCUCCACCAGUAGCUAGAAAUGGCGUUAGGAGUGAAACGAGCACUAGGUAUCCUGCUCUGCCUUUGAAAAAAAAAAAGGUUGUGCCUCGGCAGCGGGGCUCCGGUGGGAGACAAUCGUGGUUCUCCUCCAUGUCAAGGUUCAGUCAACUUCAGAUUGAUGUGGAAGUGGAAGAAUCAGAGACGUCGGAGAACCCGACGCAGUCGGUUUGAGAUUCAUAAUAUCGUCUGGAGGGGCACACAGCUUUUGUCCGUGACAAUAUAUAGGCCUAUUAUAUGAUAUAGUUAUCUAUGUACAAUAUGAUAUUAUUUAUAGAGCUCCAGGACUCCCGCCGGAUCACCCGGAGUGUUAUUGAAUAUUUAGCCCACAGCACACGGCAAAAAGCUGUGCGCGCCUCGCCAUUGCGAUACAUCCACUGUAACACGAGCGCACGGUGAGCCUACCGUGGCCGCAAGCACCAUCCACCUUGACCCGCCUCUAAAAAACGGCACGUUUGUGGAAAGCUCUUUGUGGGACUGGCUCAUAGUGGCUGUAAUUUCUGCAACAAGGCUGAAUUAACACACUUCUCCAAGACAAGUUACUACGACACACUCUCACUCUUCUUCUUACUUGACUGUAACACUGAGUUGAUUCAACCAUUUCAAACUGUAGAACAGUUCAGCUAUUCUAAUUUGAUCUAACUUUAUUGUGUAUGUAUGUUUUAUCACAUUAGCUAUUUCUUUAACUCUUAAACUUUUUUGGAUUUCAACCAUUUGGAAUUUUCCAAAUGGUAUGAAUGUGUCCGUUAACUCCUCGUUUCACUUGAUGCAAGCCAUUCAACAUUUAUUUACGUCUUUAAAUAUGCAGCUUUAUUAAACCAUAUUUUCAAACUCA